CGGCGCAGGGUAGCCGGCCCCGGCCCCGGCCCCUCUCCUGGCCGCCCCCGGGCUCACCAGCUGCAGGGGAUGCUGGUGCCGCCCCUAGAGCCGCUGUUUCCCUUUCUUUCCGCCCCCCGUUGCCUUUUUCUGGGCUCUAUUGGGGUACCUAGCCUGAAGGGCCUCCCUCCCCUGGGCAGUCUGGGGUCUCCUUCCCUUGGGCUUGGAGCCGAUACACGCACGGUCUGAAGGGGUGUCCCCGUUCCCUGGGGCUGCAGAGGGCAGCUGGGCCAUAGGCUCCCCCAUUCCCUGGGGGCUGGGUGGAGCAGUCAGAAAUGUGAAGAAGCCUCUUUGGGAUGCAGUCUCGUGAGUGCUGAUCUUUGGGCAUGGACCAGGCAUCUGACAGUAGCAAGCAUGUGUAUGUGCACAGCGCAGAGGAGAAGCGGGUAUAUUUGGCUCUCCUUGACUUUUGAUAUCUGCCAUCGAGGGCAAAGCUCUGAUGCAACGUGGCACAGUCCAGACCAGUGUUUGUGACAAAGGAGCGUUCAGUCAUUAAAACUGUUUUUUCUGGAGGUUGCACUGUGCACCAGAUUAUUGUUUUCCUUUCUCUCCACCCUGUAGAAAUGGAGUUUUGCAGCAUUAAAGCGGUAACGUUACAGAUGGAUAGACAUUAAAAUGUAGGGGACUGCAAACUUCAGAGGUAUUUCUGCUCUGAGAAUCAGCCUUUCUCUGAUGAAUGCAGCAAGCUUUGAGAGGCCAGUCUUUGCCAUUCCUUAUAGAAACAUCUAACUCCAAUAAUCUUUUCUGCCUCCAAUGUGCUCCUGUGUUCUUAAACAUCUCUGUGUUUGUCCUUGCAAUUGCAGUCCCCAUGUAUGCACACGUACAAGGUUUCACCAGAACUUCUCUGAACUAAUGGAAACCAUGCCAUGAGACCUGUUAAGACUUGAUAAUAGCCAUGACGGAGCCCCACAGGGUUCAGUUCACCUCUUUGCCAAGUCCACUAAGCAACACUUUCUUGAAGAAGCCUCGUAAAGAGGAUGUUGCAGGAGCAGAGCAGCCCCAGGACUCAGCUGCAGCAGCAGUUCGCAUCACACUCACCCUAUUUGAGCCAGAUCACAAACGGUGCCCAGAGUUCUUCUACCCAGAGCUUCUGAAGAAUACUCGAGGGAAAGUGAAAGGUGUCUCCUCAGGAGACAAGAAGAAAGACCUUGGUGAUCCCUUCAAUGAUGAAGAAAAGGAAAGACACAAAGUGGAAGCUCUUGCUAGGAAGUUCGAAGAGAAAUACGGUGGCAAGAAACGCAGGAAGGACCGUAUGCAGGACUUGAUUGAUAUGGGGUAUGGGUACGACGAAUCUGAUUCCUUCAUUGAUAAUUCUGAAGCGUACGACGAGCUUGUUCCAGCUUCUCUAACUACAAAGUAUGGAGGGUUUUACAUCAACUCGGGAACGCUGCAGUUCCGACAGGCAUCUGAAUCGGAGGAUGACUUUAUCAAAGAAAAAAAGAAGAAAUCUCCCAAGAAGCGGAAGUUGAAAGAAGGAGGUGAAAAGAUGAAGAAGAAGAAGAAAGACGACUCCUAUGACAAGGAAAAGAAGUCAAAAAAAUCCAAGUUCCCCAAAGCCGGCUUCACAGCACUGAAUGCCAGUAAGGAGAAGAAGAAGAAGAAAUAUUCAGGUGCUUUGAGUGUCAAAGAGAUGCUGAAGAAAUUCCAGAAGGAGAAGGAAGCUCAGAAGAAGAGAGAUGAGGAGCAGAAGAUAGUGACACCCUCACCAGCAGAAGCUCCGGCCCCGCGGGAAGUGGAGACUAUGUCUGAUCCUUUGCUAUCUCUCUUUGGCCACGCCAGUGACAGUGACUUGCUUCAGGCCGCCACUGCCAUGGACUCCCUGACCGAUUUAGACCUGGAGCAUCUCUUCAACGAAUCUCCAGAAGGGAGUCCUUUCCAUGACAUGGAAGAUGGGAGUGACCCUCUUGGGAUGGGCUUGGAACAGGAGUUCAAACAGCCACCCUCCCUCCCAGAUGGAGUACCAGCCAUACUGGAGAAACGCAUCAAAGAGCUGACUCAGGCUGCCAGAGCUGCAGAAGGAGAAGGCAAACAGAGGUUUUUCACCCAGGAUAUCAAUAACAUCAUACUGGACAUAGAGCUGCAGACCCGUGAGCUGAAUAGCCAGAUCCGAUCCGGGGUGUAUGCUCACCUGGCCUCCUUCCUUCCUUGCAGCAAAGACACACUGGUCAAACGUGCCCGCAGGCUUUAUCUUUACGAACAGGGUGGCCGACUGAAGGAGCCUCUCCAGAAGCUAAAGGAAGCCAUUGGGCGGGCAAUGCCAGAGCAGAUGGCUAAAUAUCAGGAGGAGUGUCAAGCGCAUACCCAGGCCAAGUUUGCUAAGAUGCUGGAAGAGGAAAAGGACAAGGAGCAGAGAGACCGGGUUUGCUCUGAUGAGGAGGAUGAUGAGGAGAAGGGAGGGAAGCGGAUAAUGGGACCUCGGAAGAAAUUUCAGUGGAACGAUGAAAUCAGGGAGCUGCUUUGCCACGUGGUGAAGAUUAAACUGGAUGGCUAUGAGCUGGAGAAGAACAAGGCUCAGUCUCUGGAGGAUUACGUGAAGACCUUUCUAGAUGCAGAGGUCAAACCCCUCUGGCCGAAGGGCUGGAUGCAGUCCAGGACUCUGUUCAAGGAGAGCAGGCGUGUGCAUGGACACUUGACAUCAAUCCUGGCGAAGAAGAAAGUUAUGGCUCCUCCAAAAGUGAAGGUGAAAGACUCCUCCAGUAAGCCAGAUAAGAAGACGCUAGUGUCUGUUCCACUGACCCACUCAAGUGGCCCGGUUUCUCUGCCUUCUGAGCCCCAGGGAGUGGCCAUUGGCAUCAGCUCCCAGACCAGAGAGCUCUUGUGUCUCAGCGUUGCCCAAGCAUCUAGCAGCACUACUACACCUGCUGCCUUUAGCAUGGAUGACUCCCUGGACGAGGACUUAAUUCGUAACCCAACCUCCUCCCUGGAAGCCGUGUCCAAGGAAUUGGCUGUGCUUAACAGCCGAGCCUGUGGGAGCCCUGAUUUCACCCUCCCUGGACCCCCAAAGCCUCCUUCAGAGAAGAUCAUGAGUCUUGCAACUUCAGAGGAGAAGCGGAACUUUUCUAAGUCCAGCUCUUCUCCUACCCCACCGCCUGCUGGCUCUCUACAAUCACCUCUCAAUUUCCUGGCCGAACAGGCCCUGGCUUUGGGCCAGUCCUCUCAAGACAAAAAGGCAGAGAGUUCUGGUUACAAAGAGCUGCCCUGCCAAGCGUCACCCAGUAAAAUCCUCCCCGAUGUGCACCAGUCCAAACAGAAGCACCACAGCCUGCAGCGAACGAGUCACGGGCCCCAGACGUCCACCCCCUUGCCAGUUGCCCAAGUGAAAGUCUUUCACUCGAGCAGCCAGCAGCAGAAAAGCUUCACGUCCCCGGCUCCCCGGCAGAGCCCCAAGUCUGUCUCCCCCGUGCCCCCACGUUCCCUCCUCCAGCCGAUCAAGCCAUCGACCAAAGCUCAGGGCUUCCAUUCCUCGGUCUCAUCUGCGGGCAGCACUCCAGCUUCUAGCAGCUCCCACAAGAGCCCUGGCUCCUCAACGGCUUCCCUAAGCUACGCAGGAAAGCACUCCACCAGCUCUUCAGGGCAGUCCUACAAAUCUCCCUUCGUUUCCAGCUCCCUCUCCAAGCAUGGGGCUUCUUCCAGCAGCUCCACGUCGUCCGCAGUGUCUGCACACCAGAGCUCCUCCUCGGGGGGCUUGCUGUCGGGUGUGCAGACUCCCUCCCCAGGGCAGGCUUCCAGCCGAUCCUCCCCAAGCUCCAUGGUCAAAAAAACCCCUGUCUCUCAGAAGCUGACUCUCGUAGCGCCACCUGGUGGUCCAAAUGGAGAUUCUGGUGGAGGAACUCAGGGGGUAGCCAAGUUACUAACCUCCUCCAUAAAGCCAGCUGUGGUUAGUAGCACGGCGUCUUCUACCUCUGUGCCAAAAGGAACCAGUGGAGCUGUGCUGCUAACCAGCUCUCCUCCCUUAAGUGUACUGUCUCCAUCCUACAAGUCCAGCAGUCCAAAGCUGCCGGGUGCCCUGAGCUCCACCCCGCUGGGGAUUAUCUCUCCCAUCCAUUCCUUUCCUCUUCACGUCAUCUCCUUCAGCUCGGACUCCUCCCCCAAAGCAGGAGUAUCCAAGGAUGCAAUUGUCACGGGCCCUGCCCCUGGAACUUUCCACCAUGGCCUCAGCCACAGUCUUCUGGCUGGCUUGCACUCCAGCCCGCACCAUGCAGCACCACUCCCACACUCUGCCCUGUCCACCCAUUUACCGCAGAGUUUGCCAGAUGCGUCUCAGCUUCAUGGCAAAGGGUCCAAUGUGCAGCAGCGAAAAUUGUGACGUCUGCAAGAGGGGAAGCUAAUGCAAGCCCAGGACAAACCAAGAGGAGUCGGCCGUGAAGACUGGAUGCAGAUGGCCUGUUUUCCACCUGCUCUUUGUUUUCUUUUCCUGAUGGCAGCUGGAGAAACUGAGUUGGCACUUUUGGUCAGUGGCAUCCAGAGAGGAGCUCUGCAGGAAGUGAGCCACCUUGCGCCACACCCUGGUGAGAGAAGCACUUACGGCACUGUUUCACUGCUGCCAGUCCUCACUGGAAAGCGCUAGAACUUGUGGGGAAACACUGGUGGGGCAUCUUUCUUUCAAAAAGUCAAGAGCCUUGGUGGAUUUCCCCCCACCUGUGUCUAAAUCUGCCAAGUACCUGAGUUCAGUUACUUCCUUGGUUCCCCAGGAGAGUACAUGAAAGGUGCUUAUUCCUGCUUUGGAUUUACUUGGAUAACUCAAGCACUGCUAGGGCUUUUCAAAGACAUUGACUCUGUCCUAAUUUUUCAGUUGUGCUAUAAAGCAGUGCUCAAGUUAGUUGGAGGACUUAGCACUUCCUUUAUGGUGACUAUCAUGAAUCGCCUGAUAUUCCCCUCUGGAAGAGAAUGAAGACUCUUAGAGAGACAUUUCUAGAUGCACUCACGGACAUUGAAAUGCUUCUGCAUUUUUAUUUCCUCUCAAGGGAUUUUUUUUUUGUGUGCUCAGUUUUAUCAUUACCUUUGAAUGCAUUGGAUUGAUUGGAACACUUCUCAGCAUGUUACAUGUAUAGGAAGACAUAAUUCCAGUGCCUUUUAUGGUGGAGCAAGAAUGGACUAAUAACAUCCAUUUUGGCCAUUUUUUGUGUGUGCACCUCAGUUCUUUUUUAAUCACUCUGUAUUUAAUAUGUAUUCUGUUUUUAUUUAAUAGAGCUUUUUAUGGUUACACAUCAAAAGCUGCACUGUCUGGACUUAAAUGGUGACUUGGCUACUUUAAAUCCAGUACCAAAUCCAGCAAGAGCACCAGUUCUUAUCUGAGUUUGUGCAAGUGGGUUCCAGACCCUCCCCUAAAGCCAUUCUUUACUAGGGUCUUCAAUAAUGAUCUCUCUGGUGAUCUAGAUUAACAAAGGUCACUGAUAAUCAAGUGAAUAUUGCUCCCCUUGAUGACUUCUGCACUAAAAUCAUUUACUUGUCAGAGCUGCAGCAAUGGAGAUCUACUCGGAUCUGAGUGUAUAUUUUUAGCUUUAGCCCAGUAAGCUGAUUUCAGUCUGUCUGCAUGUCCCCUUUGAUAUGCCUGCAUAGAUUGAGGGGGCAGUCUGCGGUUCUCAGAUCGUAAGCCCCAUUGACUUGUAGUUGUGGUGUUGUGAUCUCCCUUCUUUCAGGUCACCUUUUAACCAGAUCUAAUUUAUCUGGACUUCAGAGAUAGUAGCACUGCUCCAUAAGUUAUUCAUUGGUAUUUCAAAUAAAAGCUUGCAGAAUUCCUUCCUGUGCUUUGGGAGGGGUACUGAAAUCAAGUAGGCCAGCCAAUAGUAGCUCUAGUUUUCUCUAUUUUUUGUAAGACCCAAGACACAUGUUUGGAAGUGGAACUGAUAAAGGACUUCUCAAGAUCACUUCACUGUUCGUAUUUUUCUUUAAAAAUGCAGCUCAGAAUUCAAAUUUGUUUACAGAAAAGAAGAUAUUUCUAAGUUGUAGCAAAAGAGCCAAAGACAGAAUUUGAGUUACUAAGAUAGAGUACAGCAGUUAUCGAUGGACUCUGAGCAGUGGAUGUCGCAUGGUUCCCAUUUAGGACCUAAUCCUGAAAGGUACCAAGCACUUCAACUUCCACUGAAGCCAGUGGCAGCUGAAAGGGCAUUCAAACACCUGGCAGGAUCCCAGCCCUUAAUGAGCAACCCAAGGUACUGGUUCCACUCCCUCUCUUUGCUUUCACUUUGGUGUUUCUGCUGGGAUGCACAUUUGUGUGUCGCAGCCGGAGCAGAAUGCCCUCGUUUUAGGAAUUUAGCAAAGCCUUUGCCUCAGGGAAAUGUUUAUUCGGUGGAAAUUCUGUGGGAUUUUUUUCUUUUUUCUUUACAUGCUGUAAUGAACGAGUGAAUGAAUUAAACCGCCAUGGCAAGGCAGAAAUAUGGAAUGAGAUCACAAGCCCUGGGGAGCAGAGCAUCUGGGAUCUCUGUCUUGACUAGGCAACGUUAGCUGUUUUCUUUACGGUGCGGGGCGAGCCUCCCACCGGCACUUACUUAGUUUGGCAGUUUCUGUUGUGUGUAAGAGCUGCUAUUUACUUUAUUUUUGUUGUGAGUGUUGGGACUGUCUAGAUGACAAUGAUGGGGGUGGUGUGAAAACUGUCAAUCUUGUACAGAGCAACUGAAUAAAUUGUUUCAAAGUUUCCAAAA